AGGUUAAAGGUCCAUGCAGCGACAACAACAGCACAGAGGUUUAAUGCUAGAGGAGCAUGAAGGGGACCUAAACACCCUUGUGUGUUGUUGCAGGUUAAGUUACUAAAGUGUAAGAAGAGCAAUGACGAACACAGCUGUUGGUGUACGAAAAACAGCUUCGUUUUUUUAAACUAUCGGACUACAGAGAUACUGAAAAUAAGGAACCACCGGAUGAAGGAGCGUUACCAGGAUGGCAGGAGUGUUCGACAUAGACUUGGAGACUGAGGACAUCAGUGAUACAGAGGAUGAUGUCUGUGACUUCACUGUGACAGAACCAGAGAAUGUUCAGAUAGAGGAGGUGGAGUUGACCAGUGAGAGUGUCAACAGAGACAGUGAGAGGGUUGGACCUGACUGCUUUGAGCUUCUUACUGUGUUGGGAAAAGGAGCCUAUGGCAAGGUUUUCCAGGUGAGGAAGGUUCAAGGUGCCCAGAUGGGGAAGAUAUUUGCCAUGAAGGUCCUGAAAAAGGCUAAGAUAGUAUGUAACGCUAAAGACACAGCACAUACCCGAGCAGAACGGGAGAUACUGGAGACGGUGAGACACCCAUUCAUCGUGGAUCUGCUCUAUGCAUUCCAGACCGGGGGAAAACUCUACCUCAUACUUGAGUGUUUAAGUGGAGGGGAGCUAUUCAUGCAGCUGGAGAAAGAAGGCAUCUUCAUGGAGGACACUGCUUGUUUCUAUCUAGGAGAGAUCACAUUGGCCCUAGGUCACCUCCAUUCUAACGGCAUUAUUUACAGAGAUCUCAAACCUGAAAACAUCAUGCUUAAUCACCAAGGACACAUCAAGCUAACUGAUUUUGGCCUCUGUAAGGAAUCAAUUCAUGAUGGAACAGUCACACACACCUUCUGUGGCACCAUAGAAUACAUGGCUCCAGAGAUCCUGACCAGAUCAGGUCAUAACAGAGCAGUAGACUGGUGGAGCCUUGGGGCCCUGAUGUAUGAUAUGAUGACUGGAUCGCCUCCAUUCACAGCUGAAAACAGGAAGAAGACCAUUGAUAAGAUCUUGAAGUGUAAACUCAAUCUGCCCCCAUACCUCACCAUUGAUGCCAGGGACCUCAUCAAGAAGCUGUUGAAGAAGAAUCCAGCCCAAAGACUUGGAUCCAGUAAAGCAGACUGUGCUGAUAUCCAGAAACAUCCAUUCUUCAAGCACAUUAACUGGGAUGACCUGCUGAACAAGAGAGUGGAGCCACCAUACAAGCCACAGCUGCAGUCAGAUGAGGAUGUGAGCCAGUUUGACACCAGGUUUACCAGACAGACACCAGUGGACAGUCCAGAUGACACCUCACUCAGCCACAGUGCAGAGCUAGCCUUUGCUGGUUUCACCUACGUGGCUCCAUCGGUCCUAGAGAGUCUAAAAGAGGGCUUCUCAUUUGAACCCCGAACACGACCUGUACGCCGACACAACAGCAGCCCACGCACACCCAUCAGUCCCCUGAAAUUUUCUCCUGCAGGACCCUUCAAGUCCAGCAUCGACGAUCUUUUCCUUCCCACCUCUCCACCGGCAGCUCCAGUUCUUGUGCCACUGGAAAAUGGAGCUGCCAGUCAGCCGAUCAGGACCCCUGCAAGGAACAAGAAGCAGAAGGGACAUCGGAGAUGAGGAGAAAAUUCAAAGAGCCAGCCUAUGCUGCAAGAUUAUGGUCAGAUUAACAUUUUCUGUCGUAUACAGUAAGUGUUGUGGCAGAAAGCUGAAGUGUUAUGUUUUUUCUGGUAUCAUGCUUUUUGAAGUGGUUUGACUUUGGGGUCCCUUUUAAAAGCCAGAAGCUGUCAUUUUGCUUUUUUCUGUCAUAUUCAUCUUAGAAGAUUAAUAAAGAUACAGUGCUACUUGGGGCUUACUCUUCAGCUCUUACUGUUUGUCAUAAUGACUGUCUCAAGGUAGAUAGCUUUACAUAGAUUUCACUGGAUCAGCAUGAAAUUUUCAUGCUUUUACUUUGUCAAACCGGAUUGAAGAACCUCAGUUUCAUAAAUGUUCUCAGAUGGUCACUUUAUUGUGUACAGCUUCAAUAUACAGUAUCUGGACUUGUAGUUCUGUCACACUGUGGCAUUACUAUAUGGAAAAACAAUGACUUAUGUAAAAAUUUUCGCUAUAAAUAACACUAGACAGAGGCCAAUGGACUAUUCAAUUUUCUUCACCAACUUCCCUAAAUGCAUCAUUAGCAGUCAAGGUCAGGCAAAUGAUGGAUUGACUGCUAAGUAUUUUAAUUUUGUACAUACUGUACAUGCUAGUUUGAUUACAGCAAAGGGAAGCUGUGAUAUAAAGUUUUUUGGGUUUAAUUAGUUCAUUGGCUUUUAAUUAGUUCAGAGUUUGUGCAAAGAGGUCGGCUAUCACAGGCUGAAGUUUUAAUUAGAAAACUGAUGAAAGAUCAUUUGAUUGGAGUCCUGAUUCUUUUCCAUUAAGGUUUGCCGUGUGGUUGUCAAGUUAUAAACUUUAGGCUGCACAACCUUAAAGUAGUAACAUUAACGUGUGUUGGGGGUGGGACUGUAUCACAUAGAAAUCUACUGAAUGAAUGCUAUAUCGCACAUAAGAUAAUAUAUUCAUGAAGGUCAGGUUUGAUCUGUAGUGAACAUUUCUAUCUGCAAAUAUUGCAACUUCCCUCAGUGUUUCACAUUUCAUGUCUCUUCAUGUCUACUGCCAAAGUUUUUCACACAUGCUAUCCUCAUAUUGUACAAACAGACCAAUCCAGAGUUCACUUAAUGAGAGGGAAAUCCUUUAUUUAUUAAUUUGGAUCAAUAAGGAGUGUUCACUUAAACAUACUUCCAUAUUAUCAGUACAAUGUACAGUCAAAGCAGGCUGUUAAAAGUGGUGCUCUCAGAAAACAAAUUAUAAUCUUGUAUCAAAAAAAGUAUUUUUGGGUUACUGAACAAACCUAUUUUUUACAAAUGAAACCUAGGUUAAAUAGUAUUUAAAAAAAAAAUAAAAAUAAAUAAAUAAAAUCCUAGAUACUUUGAAGGGUUUGUGCCUGACUUACCUUCUAAGAGGUGAUGCCUGGUUAAUCACUGCAGGCCUGCUGAGUCAAACACUAAUUCAGAACUUAGACUGAUCACAGAAAGGUUAUGAGGGUGAUUUGAUGCCAGAAGUCUUUCAGUCUUAAUAAAUGACUCGUAGAUUGAGAUAAAUAUAACCAAAUCCUGGUCUAUGGCACUAUGUCCUGUAUUAUUUAGAAUAAAUAAACAGUGAAGCUUGCAUGAAUCUUAAGACAUGAAAAACAGACAGCUCCUCAAGGCAGCAGAGGCUAAAUAUGUGCAAAUAUUACAAAUUAAUUUAGGAUAACAAAAUAUAACAGACAUUUUAAAUUCAAAAAUAAUCUAUGAUGAUCUAGUCAGCUUUGAAUCCUUUUCUUCAAAGUAGUAACAUACAGUCAAUCAAUCAUAAUGGAGACAGGAAAGUAUUGUAGUAAAAAUCUGGCAAAGUGGGAACAUUCAUGUGGUUGAAACACCCCACAAAUUAACAUGACUAACAGCUGAAGAAGUUAACAUGUGCUGUUGUUUGUUGGCUAAAUCAUUAUUUUCUUUCAAAGCUUAAACAUGUUGCCUAUUCAUCAUGGUCUUUCCUGGAAAAUAAAGAAUUUAUUUUACUAGGUAUAAACUAUCCUUUGAAUUGUAUAGACCCUAAGUGUUCAGUGUUACAUUCAUAUAUGCAUUAAAUUAUGUAUAAUUAUAAUAAUAAUAAUAAUAAUAAUAAUAAUAAUAAUAAUAAUAAUAAUAAUAAUAAUAAUAAUAAUAAUAAUAAUAAUAAUAAUAAUAAUAAUAAAAAAUGCAGAUAGAAUAUUUAAUAGAACCAUGAAAUAGUGAAAUAAUUCAAUAAACUCAUGGCUACACUAACAGCAUCCUAGAUAUGGCAAUGUCGGUGUUAGUGGUCAACCAGUCCAACAAUUAGGUCCAGAUUGAAAUAUUUGAACAACUAUUGGAUAUAUUGACAGUCCCCUUCGGGAUUAAAUGUAACAGCGUUUUAAUUGACUUUCCAUCUUGUGCCAUCAUAUGCCAAAAUUUUAAAUUAUGUGAUAGUUUGGUUUAUAACCAAAAACCUGCAAAACUAAUGAUUUUACCAUCAGGCUCGGCUGUACCUAGUGUUUAGUGUGAAAUAGAAAAUAGAAAAUCCUAAAAGGCUAAAAUAAGAUGAUGAACCUGGUAAAUAUUGCCUGCUAAACAUCCUCAUGUUAGCAUUGUCAUAGUUAGCGUCUAUGCUGACUUUAGCAUUUAGCUAAAAAGCACAGCUGUGGCUUAGUACAGCCUCACAGAGCUGCAAGCAUGGUUGUAGAUUUGAAUUGGCUGUCUGCUCAUUCAGACUGAAAAUGGCACUGGAAUAAAAACAGACUUAGGAAGAAGAACAUUUGGAAAUAGAAACAGUUGGUAUUAAGUCAAAAUGACCAGAAAACUGUUAUUGUGGGUUUGAGUUUUUAAAAUGUAUUGGAUUAUACAAUAAUUCCAUGGUUAUAUAUCAUGUCUGUAUUUGUUUCAUAUGAUAAAUUCAUAAUAUUUAUUUUUUGGGUCUUUAAAGAAGUGAGCUGUCUUUUUUAUUUUUUUUUUUAUUUAUUUAUUUUUUUUUUUGGAAAGAAAGAGUUUUGUUUCCUCCACCAGCCUUCGUUCAUUAACACUGGAUACAUAGUCUGUACAUAUUUGAUGCUGGGCCAUGAGCACACAGCUUGUGUCAACACUGUGUGAAUAAUAUUCUGAGAAAUGUUUGUUGUCACACUGCAGUUUGUUUCUGCAGUGACAAUGUAAUAGUACAGUCAUACAGUAUAAACUGUGGUACAUGAUUUGAUUGUGAACAAGGUAUUUGUAACGCAAAUUUAAAGGAUACAGGGCUAUUGCCCACCCCAGAUCUUUAACCAGUUGCCACACUCUUGUCAUUAAAUUUGCAGUUGGAAAACAGUAAAAAGUUAAUUGUGUUCAGUUUAUUAUAUUUAUUUACAUAAUUAAUAAUAAUUACAUAUACAGUAGUGUGAAAGGGAUUCUACAUCUCUGAAGUUAAUGGAAAUUUUAAUCAUGUAUUAUCUAAAAAUUGAAUGGAAAAAAGAUUGAGUGGAUUACAUCUUAUUUUUGUGAUCAAUACUGAUUUUUUCUUUUUUGUCAUUCUUUCUCCUAACUGAUGAAUGUUUAAGAAUAAAGCUGAA